UCGACCUCACACGCACGUGAGAGGACGAAGUAGAGCCCGUGGUACUGCCACCGACAGGCAAUUUCAGCCGGGUGCUGGAACGGUUCGGUUCUCCGGCAACGUUCGGGUGCACCGAGGCCGCAAUAGGGCACAAGCCAGCCGGGUCACGCAGGACAAACAACGAUCGUCCUCGCGAUUACCUGGCGUUUACGUUUUAGCUUGGCUGCGGUGUUCCAUUGUCGGACAUGGGCCUCCUCGUACUUGCGGCGUUUUUCCUAACUCUACGCAUCACGAACGCCGCACUGCUUCAGGACUCUGUCGCCACAGAAACUCUCGUCGUAGAAGUCUGCGACACUCUAAGACUGGCAAAACUGUACACUUACUGUACAGUACCUUUUUAUGGAGAAUUGUAUGGCAAGAAUUUGCCACUUGGAAAGACCUGCUUUUACGUCCAGGGUUUCAUGCAAUGCACCAGUAGAGCCGAGAAAAUGAGUGGGUGCUCGAACCAGCAGUACCUCAUCAAGCCCACCAUGCAGUACUUUUCAUCCGUUGCCCUCGACGCUUACGCAAAAUUAUGCAACAUCACGACUGUCGUUGACGAGAAAGCUGAAUCUCAACUUGAGAUUCAUAUCAGCUACCGUGGAAGGAACCUCCCACGUACAUUCGAGCAGCAGGUUGAUCGUCGCAGCGACAGUGAACAAAUGAACCAAGCGUACCCAGCCGGCUCCCAAGGCUACAUCCAAGGCAGCGUGUAUCCCGAAGCCCACGGUCACAGGGUUAAGCGGCGAGCUGCAUCAUUCAACGUCGUACCAAACGAGACCUUGACUGGUAGCGUCGGCACAGAUUCAAAUACUCCACCAAACCGCAUAGUGUCACCCGUUUCUACUGAAGCGCAAAAGCAAACUGAAGUGUCUUUCAAAAACGGGGCACGCCAGGCAGGGCAAAGUAAUACAGCAACGAGUAAUUUAAGCCAAUCCGAAAUUAUCACACACGCACCGCGGAGCCAUAACGGCGAAGCGCAGGUUACCGAUUCUCCAGCAACCAUUACGGACACAAAUAAUGCGUCUUCUGUAUCUGUUUCCAACCUGCUGCCGCAGGACGACAAACCUAGACGUCAGGUUUCUAACCGGACUGAAAUUGUAGUGCCUUCUGAGAAUGCAGCAGACACGACAGCGGCUGACAUUUCAGGCAGUCGUCUUCAAGAAAAUGUAACGGACAGUCAAAAUGCGCAGCUGCAGCGGAGGAUAUUCUUGCGAAGCUUUUUCAAAUGUGGCGUAUCCUUUCAACAGAACUUCACCGUGCCGAACGCCUGCCAAUUUUACAACAGUUAUCAGGAAUGUGUGCACCAAGCGAUGGUUAAACUGAAUCAGUCAACACCGUACAACGAAGACUCCGCAGGGAUUGCCGUGAGAGCGCUUGCAGACCUUAUGACUGCAAUGCAUGAUACCAAAUGUCAACAUGUACCUGAUCCCAACGAUAUAGGAUCUCCUCUAACAAGCUGCUGUAACCAACCGUUAGCUCAGAAGCAAGCGUUUAUGUGCUCUGCGGUGUAUUUCUAUCUGUCUGAUAGCAGAACACCUGCAUUGUGGCCAAGCACCCAAACAUCGUGCAGUUCAGUGACGGACCUGCAGCGCUGCACCGACUUCGCUUUGGAACUCUCCAAAUGCAAGUCUUGUGAGCUAAGCACUCAUGUAAGCAAGUUUGUCGCGACGGUUAUCCAACCGCACCAGGAUAAAUGCGUCACCGAAAUAGAUGCACAGCCAAUGGCAGAGUACACAAAAGAAGACUGCCAGCAAGCUAUGGUCUUUAAGAGGGCUUUCGCAUGUGCAAAUGCAUUUCAAGAGAUGAUAGAGUUGGAGGGCAUUGCUGAAAUAUCGCAGGAUCUUACGUGCGGGCAUGCUUCACGCCUGCACACCUGCUUGGAAGAUUCCAUCGAAAGUACAGGUUGCAUCAGAGACAUGCACAUCACAUCACAGUUGAAAAUGUACAAGAAACUAAUCGAAGACGAAUAUAGUGUCAAUUGCGUCGACUACGUUCAACGUGAAAAAGCGCGCUCUAACCUUCAGAAAAGCAAGGAACAUGGGACUGAACAGAAGAGCAGAUUGACCAUUUAUCGUCUUGAUGACUCCAGCAAUUCAGCGGGGCCCGACGAUACAACAGGCCUACAAUCAUCACUGGGGUUACCAUCAAAUCUCAUUGGGAACGGUCACUACAGAUUGCAACCGAACGAAGCUGAGCUUCAGCGGUCCAAGCUGGAUAUGGAAGGCGGAUGGAAAGCGCUGAACCAGUGGCAAGCAGAAAGACAGCAGAGCAAAGCUGGUGGUCGCCCUAAUGAAGAAGCUAGUUGGAUGAACAAAAGGUUCAGCCGGUGGAGGACGAUGAAGCAGAAGGACGGACCUGCAGGCAAAGAUGAAACUGCGCAGGAAACUAACGUUUCGCAGGAGGCUGCUGUUCGUCGCGAGGAUUUGACGCUUCGUGGAGCUGACAGCAAUGAUACCCUCAUCAAAGUCUUCAACCAAAGUGGUACGGUAGCUUCACACGUCAAUGCAGUACGUAUCCUGAACGGCGUUCUGCGUCACGGUAAACGGGGGAAAAGGCGAGAUUUUGAGGAAGAGUACUACUUCGGUCACGAUUACGAUCAUCAUGGUCACCUGUCUGCACUGCCAGAAGAGUUGAAAAUGCUCGAGCAAAUGAAAGCUGCAGCCCCUAAAGUUAUGAAUGUCUUGCAGAACAGUACUACACCGUCAGCGGCACUUAUUCCUGAUUCAUGGAAAUGUCCUUUGGAGAAGCUUCAACCAUCUUUGAAACAGUGUGAAGACAGUCUCCUGACGCUGAUGUCACGAUGGCCGAAGGAAAUAAAUGACAGUGCGCAUCUCGUCAACGCCACACAAGGAACGCAGCUGAUAUGCGGUGAUAUCGCUAGUUACAAGGGCUGCUUGCUGAGGGUCCUCAAGGCUAACAACUGCGAUCAUCCCCAAAUACUGGAAGAAAUCACGAAAGAAAAGGGGAACGUCCUUCACUUGCCGAUGUGCUCUGCGGCGUCAUACUUGAUGCCAGAGGUCGUUCUGCUAAGUUUCUUUGCGGCUGUAACUCUCAUUAAAUUUCUGUAAGCCGGUGGACUUACCGGCUUGUACUGGCUUGUACGGAAGUCACCCACAGCAAAGCCGCAAAAGGCGCCAAAAAUAAAGAUAUCACGCAUAAA